UAUUACAAUUCCGGUUGUAAACAGCCGGCUGUCAACAUCAACACAAGUUUUUCUCCUGUAGCUAAAAUAUUUUGUAUGUUUUCUAAUUAUUGUUUAAUUGUCUACCAAAAGUAAUAACAUUUUAAAAUGAAGCAAAAACGUAAGCAUUCCGAUACAGUGGACACAAAUAGCAAACAAAAUCCGCAUACCGUUAUCGUGUCGCAAAUCAGCGCAGAUAUCAUAUGGCAGCUUGCUUCACAAUAUUGGUCGCCCGAGACACCAGCAGACGAACUCCUGCCUUACAAUGCUAACAUUAUCGAUGAUAUAUAUAGUCGUGAGAUUUUGGAUCAUAAAUCAGCAACGCGUCGUAUUAUGAUGCUGGAAUUUAGUCAAUAUUUGGAGAAAUAUUUGUGGCCUAAUUAUAAACGUGAAACAGCCACGCAUGCUCAUCUAAUGUCCAUUGUAGCUAUGGUCAAUGAGAAGUUUCGUGAACGCGUAGAAGUUUGGCCGCUAUUCGAAGCUGAAGCGGAAGAGUUUCCAGCUUUCUUUAGACACGUGCUGGAAACAUGCUUACCCGCAGAAAAUAGUAGAGGCAGACACGCAACAAUGCGUGAGAAAACUGCGUUACUUGUGUUUCUCAAUCACUGUUUCAAUAGUAUGGAAAUUGAACUAUGUCGCGAGCAGGCAAAACGUUUAGUUUCGCUCUCAAUGUGGAGUUGUCUACAGCCAAAGCGCUUGGAACAAGAACUGCGUGAAGUGCCCGAAUGGCGCAAAUUUUGGCGUCGUCUGCAGAAGAAAGAAAAGGGCAAUGCAAAACCCGAAAUUGAAUGGGAAAGACAUUUUUUGCAGAAUUUAAUCAUACAAUUUUUAAGCAUAUUGGAAACCAUACCAUUGGAAGGUGAUGUUCAACCCAAUGUAGUUGUGUAUUGUGAACGUUUUUUGGAAUUCAUUAUCGACUUGGAAGCAUUGCUGCCUACUCGUCGCUUUUUCAAUACAGUUUUGGAUGACACACACCUGUUGGUGCGCGCGCAAAUCUGUAACUUAGUGCAACGCGAAGAAGGCAAACUAUUCGGUCAGCUUCUCGACAUGUUGAAGUUCUAUACACGCUUCGAGAUCAGUGACGUUACCGGCGAUUCGCUAACCGAUCACCAGAUGACACAGCUGCAUUACAAGAAAAUCACUUCACUGCAGCGGGCUGCAUUUGCCAAAUUUCCCGAUUUGCGACUGUUCGCUUUGUCCAACGUCGCGAAUGUAGACACACGCGAUGCGCUACAACGACAUUUCGGUGCGCUGGAUGCCAAAGCGCUGAAAGAGAUUGCAUCGUUUCUGAAUUUAGUGCCCGAUGCACUAGAGCCGCCCUUCCAAUGGCAUCGACUCGACGAUGAAUUCCUUAAGGAGCUGUUGAUAACACGCCACGAGCGUCGCUGUUCGCAGCUGGAGGCGCUCAAUGAGAUGCCACUCUAUCCCACCGAAGAUAUUAUAUGGGAUGAAAAUGUUGUGCCCUCCGAAUACUUCUCGGGUGAUGGUUGUUUGGCUUUGCCGAAGUUGAAUUUACAAUUUCUCACUUUACACGAUUAUUUGUUGCGCAACUUUAAUCUGUUUCGCUUGGAAUCCACCUAUGAGAUACGCCAAGAUAUUGAGGAUGCUGUAAGUCGUAUGUUGCCGUGGCAAUCAGAGGAUGGUGGCGUCGUAUUCGGCGGUUGGGCGCGCAUGGCGCUGCCGAUAGCCACAUUCGCUGUCGUUGAAGUAACGAAGCCGCACAUCGGCGAACGUAAACCGUCACGCGUGCGCGCCGAUGUCUCGGUGACAUUGUCCGUGCGCAAAGAGAUCAAAGAUGAGUGGGAGAAUCUACGUAAACAUGAUGUAUGUUUCUUAAUAACGGUCAAACCGACUAGGCCUUACGGCACCAAGUACAAUCCACGCGAUCCUUUCAUACCACAAGUCGGGCUCGUGCAUGUGCGUGGUUGUGAGGUAGAGGGCAUGUUGGAUGCCAAUGGACGUGUGAUAGAAGAUGGACCCGAACCACGUCCACAAUUGCCGGGCGAGCAGCGCACCUAUCGCGUUUGGUUGGACUCGAAUCAAUACCGUUUGGACAUGGACAAUUUGCAAGAUGGUUCGGAUGAUGUCUACGAGAGUUUUAAUAUUAUAAUGCGUCGCAAACCAAAAGAGAACAACUUCAAAGCUGUGCUGGAGACCAUACGUCAUUUAAUGAACACAGAAUGCGUGGUGCCGCCAUGGUUGCACGACUUACUGCUCGGCUAUGGUGAUCCGGGUGCGGCGCAUUACUCGCAUAUGCCGAAUCAAGAACGCAGUUUAGAUUUCAAUGACACUUUCUUGAAUUUUGAACAUUUACAAAAUAGCUUUCCCGGCUAUGAGAUUAAAUGUGAAGCGCCGGAAGAACAACGCGUGGCGCCAUUCCGUUUGAUAUUUGAAGAUGUGCCCGAAGAGAAGAACGGUGACGAUGAUGCUGAGGAGGAGGAUGCAAAUAUGAAGCCUGCACUGGAAAAAGCCAUUGUGGUACAACCUUAUGUCUACGAAAGUCGUGGACCAUACGUGGCAAAUAAGCCGAAGCAAAAUUCGGUACGUUUUACCCCCACACAACUGGAGGCCAUACGCGCUGGCAUGCAACCUGGUCUAACGCUGGUGGUAGGUCCACCAGGUACAGGCAAAACCGAUGUAGCGGUACAAAUCAUAUCCAAUCUCUAUCAUAAUCAUCCCAAUCAACGCACUUUAAUCGUGACACACUCCAAUCAAGCGCUCAAUCAACUCUUUGAAAAAAUUAUGGCUUUAGACAUUGACGAACGGCAUUUACUACGUCUCGGUCAUGGCGAAGAGGCGCUGGAGACGGAGAAAGAUUUCAGUCGUUAUGGACGCGUCAACUACGUGUUGACACAGCGCCUGGAACUACUUAAGAAAGUACAAAAGUUACAAGAAUCGCUUAAUGUGCUCGGUGACAAUGCGUACACCUGCGAGACAGCCGGCUAUUUCUAUCUCUACAAUGUAGUGGCGCGUUGGGAAAAGUUCCUCACACAAGCCACCGCCGUUUCGGUUGCUACUGAGCAGGAGACAUGGCGUGCGGUCUUCGAAAAGGAAUUCCCUUUCACGCGCUUCUUUGCCGAUGCGCCACAACCGCUCUUCAAAGGCGACACAUACGAUGAAUAUAUGGAAAUUGCUAAAUCCUGUUUCCGUUAUAUAACGCAUAUUUUCACAGAGCUAGAAGAAUUCCGUGCAUUCGAGUUGUUGCGCACCGGUUUAGAUCGCUCCAAGUAUUUGCUUGUCAAAGAAGCAAAAAUUAUAGCCAUGACUUGUACACAUGCGGCGUUGAAACGUAAAGAACUGGUUAAUCUCGGCUUUCGUUAUGACAACAUACUGAUGGAGGAGGCAGCGCAAAUUUUGGAAAUCGAAACAUUCAUUCCGUUGCUGCUACAAGAUCCGCUCGACGGUUACAAUCGCUUGAAACGUUGGAUUAUGAUCGGUGAUCAUCAUCAAUUGCCGCCGGUCAUCAAAAAUAUGGCAUUCCAAAAGUACUCGAAUAUGGAGCAGAGCUUAUUUACGCGCUUGGUGCGUUUGGGAGUGCCCACAGUCGAUUUGGAUGGACAGGGACGUGCCAGGUCGAGCAUAUGCUCUUUGUAUAAGUGGCGCUACAAGAAACUUGACGAUCUUUCGCAUAUUUUGGAACGCACCGAAUAUCGCAAUGCGAAUGCCGGCUUUGUACACGACUAUCAGCUGAUCAACGUGGAUGAUUUCAAAGGCGUUGGCGAAACAGAACCAAAUCCGUUCUUCUAUCAAAAUCUCGCCGAGGCUGAGUACGUAGUAGCCGUUUAUAUGUACAUGCGUCUGUUAGGCUACCCCGCCGAGAAGAUCUCCAUAUUGACCACCUACAAUGGACAAAAGCAUUUGAUACGCGAUGUAAUCAAUGUGCGUUGCGGCAAUAAUCCACUCAUCGGUUGGCCAUACAAAGUCACCACUGUGGAUAAGUAUCAGGGUCAACAGAAUGACUACAUACUAAUUUCGUUGGUGCGCACAAAAGCGGUGGGUCAUUUACGCGAUGUGCGUCGUUUGGUUGUGGCUAUGAGUCGUGCACGACUCGGUCUGUAUAUAUUCGGACGUAUGUCAUUGUUUAAAAACUGUUUUGAGUUGCAACAAACAUUUAAAUUGCUCACACAACGUCCACAGCGUCUCCAAUUGCUUCCAGAAGAAACUUAUCCUGCACAGCGUUUAACCAAUGAAAAUGUCGGUGAACAAAACAUUCGUGAAGUAAAUAAUAUGUCACAAAUGGCGGAGUAUGUAUACGAUAUGUAUAUGAAACGCAUGGAGGAGAUAAAGGAUAAGCCGCCGGCACAAGGUGACUUGCAAAUGUACGCAAACAUACCGCAAGAGAGUGAAGAAGACGUGUCUGAGGCGCCGGAAACUUUGGAAGCAACAGAGCACUUAAAUCCAAUCGCAGAAAGUGAGGAGCCACCAACAAAACGUCCAACGAAGGAAACAAAGAAGCCAGCUAAAGCUGUUGCUAAAUUCACACCCACACCGAUUGUCAAUGAAAUCAACGAGGAUGUAACAGAGCUGGAGCAGAACGUGCAAGCUGAUGCAACAGCGACAGAAGUCUCGAAGGAUACAGCAGAAUGUGCGACGCCAAAUGAGCCUGCUGCAGUUGAGGCACCAACGACUGCUGAGUAGUAUGUUUAUUCACUAAAAUACAAUUAAAGUAUGAAAUGUCAACAAAAUAACAGAGUAAACACCAUUAAAUAUAGAAAUAUAAACAUUUU